GAGGGAGCAGGAGGGGCUGUACUGACGCGGGACGACUCUGGUCCCGAGCAGCACCGAUGAACUUCAUCAAAGGGGACGGAAUGGACUGAUAACCGAUGGGAACGCCUGCGGAACAGCUAGACCUCUCCGCGGAGGCUGAUCUUUGCAAUGGAUGAGUUCCAUCCAUUCAUCGAGGCACUGCUGCCGCAGGUCCGAGCCUUCUCCUACACCUGGUUUAACCUCCAGGCUCGCAAGAGGAAAUACUUCAAGAAGCACGAGAAGAGAAUGAGCAAAGAAGAGGAGAAUGCCGUCAAAGAAGAGCUCCUGGGAGAGAAACCAGAGGUCAAACAAAAGUGGGCCAGUCGACUCUUGGCUAAACUGCGGAAGGACAUCAGACCAGAGUGCAGAGAAGACUUUGUCCUGUCCAUCACAGGAAAGAAAGCUGCCAACUGUGUCCUGUCAAACCCAGACCAGAAAGGCAAGAUGCGGCGCAUAGACUGCCUCAGACAGGCUGAUAAGGUGUGGCGUUUGGACCUGGUCAUGGUCAUCCUGUUUAAGGGCAUCCCUCUGGAGAGCACAGACGGAGAGCGCCUGGUGAAGGGGGGGCAGUGCUCCAACCCUGUGCUGUGUGUCCAGCCGCGCCACAUCUCCGUCUCCAUCAAAGAGCUGGACCUGUACCUGGCCUUCUACGUGCAGGAGCGAGAUGCAGAGCAGUGCAGUCCCACCAGGGUGAGUCCAGAGAACGAUGAGAGGUUGGCGCCCUCCACAGACAGCCCGGACUUCCAGGAGAACUUUGUCACAUCAGGGGUAUUCAGUGUGACUGAGCUGGUGCAAGUAUCCAGAACACCUGUGGUUUCAGGGACCCCUCCCAGUUACUCUGUAGGUGAACUCCAGGGGCACCUGGCCUACGACCUGAGCCCGGCAGUGCAGCUGCCCGGGGGGAUGAGACGUUCUUUGGCCAGCACCUCCUCAAGUGGCUGUAUGUGCUGUUCCAGGAGUAAGAGACACAAGUCGGGCUCAGUAGAGGAUGAUGCGGACAGUCCCGGGCCAGAGUACUACCCCUCCCCUGUGUCUCCAGCCAGCAGCUCCCGGCACUGGGCCGACGACAUGGAAACAGGAGCUCUAUCCCCCACAGUGAAGAAGGCAGAGCUGGACAGCCCCCCUCCCCAGGAGCAUUCCCCCAGACUGGGUUUCACACAGCACCACAGGCCGGUCAUUGCAGUGCACAGUGGCCUGUCUCGCAGCCCCCACCCUGCUGCCUCUCUCCACUUCCCCUCGUCUUCCUAUUUUCCUCAUGGCGCCAUCCGCUACCCCCCUCACCUGUCCCAGGACCCUCUCAAGGACCUGGUGUCCCUGGCCUGUGAGCCAGCUGCCCAUGGCUCCAGCUCACUUAAUGGCAGUGGGCAGUUAAAGGUGCCCAGUCAUUACAUCUCCUCUCAGAUGCUUGUGGCACCGGCGCCCACGCCAUCCUUGGGUCCGCCUCCCUCUUCAGCACAUCCAGAGUCCAAAGCCACGCCCCGCAGCACAUCAGAGGGAGGAGCCAACUCGCCAACAUCCCCCACGUACUCGGCUCCUGGGUCUCCGCCUGCAGCUCCAGCCUCCUUCUCUGGGGUCAGUCCUCGGGACACAGGCAGCACCUACCAGGCACAGUCGUGGUACAUGGGGAACUGAGGAGGCUGAAGUAUGACCAUGUCACUGGAGAAGACGAUAUGCAACAGCCCCUGUAGGGCCCCUGUAGGGCCCCUGUAUGGCCCCUGUGUGGCCCUUCUGCCCCCUUUGCUGGUGCUGCUUACCAUAUAUGCAAGUCUGUUUUUAUGAACCAUGGGAAGUUUCUAUCUGAAGUUUCUUUGCACUUUUGAAUUUGUCAAUAAUGCAACGUAUUAAGCCAACGCCCUGCUUUUACUUUCUCUUUAAAUGAGGAGAGAGCUUUUCUAUUUUAGAGACAAUCGCACUAAAUUCAUAUUAUCCAUGACACUGGUACUUGAGGACAGCUACACCAUGAGCGCCCAGCCCACGGCAGUAACACGGUUUAUUUGUCCGGACUGCAGGCUGCAGCAGGAGCAGGCUGUCGGACUGGUGUGCUCCUCACAUCACAACCUCUCAAAGGCCUCAGUCCCUGAGGCCUACAUGUCCUCAUGUCCAGCCCAGUGUGUGUGUAUGUGUAUGACUGAUGGGUAUCAUGUGGGGACUAAAUUCUAUACAUACUCAUGUCAUGGGGACCUGCCUCCCUUGGGGACAAAAAUAGGUUCCCAUGCCAUAAAUUUAAAUUUUUUAACAGAUUAACAACAUGAUUUCAAGUUUAGAUAUGGGUUAAAAUAGUUUAAGGUUAGGAUUUAUUUUAUGGUCAGACAUAGUGACUAUCGGUAAGGUUAGGAUCAGUUUCCAGGAAAUGAAUGUAAGUCCCCAUGAAGAAUGAAAACCGUCCGUGUGUGUGUGUGUGUGUGUGCGUGUGCAGUACUCAGUCAGUGUGCAGUUGCUCUGCUUUUAGAGGUGUUCUGCAUGGCGGUGUAAGUUUGCAAACAUCCAAAUUAGUUUUAGUCAUUCUGUUAGGUCUGUUCUUAUAUGAUGAUAAUAAUACAUUUACUUUAUACCCUAUAGCAAUUUUUUAAGCUUUUGUAUUGUUUCUUAAGGAUAGAAACGUGAUUUAAUAUCAUAUAUAACAUUUCGUCACUUGUUUAUGUCAUAGACAAUAAGUCGUAACCAUGGCAGCUACUCCUGCGUUUCUGUUUUGCCUUCAGGUGGUGCUGCUGCAUCAGUGAUGUAUGUAUUCUGGACAUGAGGUUAUUUGUUCUAAAGAAUAGAAAUGUAAGGGGAGGGACAGCAGUUGGCGAUAAAGUAUAUGAUCCCCCCCCCAUACAAAAAAGCACGAGACACUUUAAAGAUUGUGUUAACAUUCGUAUUAAAUAUGGUAUUUGCUUGUUUAACAAGCACUCCCCAGAUGCUUCCCUCCCCUCACCUGUAACAUAUGUUGAUGCAGCUUAUAACACCAUGUUAAAUGCAGGUUGUUCACAGGUGUAUUAGUAUCAUGUGCACACUGACCGAGUGCUCUGCGUGUGUGUGUGCGUGUUGCUUGUGCGAUGUGCAUGGUGCAGGCUGAGCUCUGAUCUCGAUGCAUGGCCGAGACAGAAGACGCUCUUUCCCAUUGAAACAGCCCCCUCUUAUUGGACGUUUGCACGGACUCUUCUGAUCACAUGAUGUGCCUUGGCUUGAGUUGGACUAAACCUCCAGUACUGCUGCAUGUGAGCACAGCCCUCUGCUUUGAGCUCGGCUCCAGUGUUAAUACCUCCUAAAGUAUAAAGCAGCCGCCUUCAGUUUACCUUCAGUUAUCAUCUGCUCCAAAUGAAAGCUCUGGAGGUUUUUCUGAGUGAACGUGAACAUACCUCUAUGGACCCCACACACAGCCCAGGUCCCUCUGGGGCAGCCUGAUCCUCCCCACCACACAGACACAGCCCAGCCCAGGUCCCUCUGAGGCAGCCUGGCUAAACUCCUGCCCCUCUGCUCCAGAGCAUCGUUCGCAUACAGCCAUAUUUAAUACUGCAACCUACAGUACCUUUAUUACUGCAAAUAAAAUCAUGUGUUUCCUUAUGCAAAUAUACAAAAUAUUAAAAAGCUACAACUCA